AUGAGACCAGAUGAUCUGAGUAACCUCGAGGUUCUGGAUGAGAAUACCAUUGUCCAAGCACUGAGAGGUAGAUUCCAUAAAGAUAAAUAUUAUACAUAUAUAGGAGAUAUUCUAGUUGCUGUGAACCCAUGUAAACCUCUCAAUCUUUUCGAGAAAACGAACCAUGAGGAGUACGAGAAUCUGUUGGUCCGAGCCGAGAAGCCCCCUCAUCUCUUUUGGGUGGCUGACCACGCGUACAGGGCAUUACUGGAGACCAGUAGGAAUCAGUGUAUCCUGGUUAGUGGGGAAUCCGGGUCUGGAAAGACGGAAAGUACAAAGUACAUGAUACAACACCUCAUGAGGAUCAGUCCUAGUAAUGACAAACACCUACUCGAUAAAAUUGUACAGGUUAAUCCCUUACUGGAAGCCUUUGGAAACGCAGCCACAGUUAUCAACGGAAAUUCUAGUCGAUUUGGAAAAUUCAUAGAACUUCACUAUACCGAAGAAGGGUCAUUGCUUGGAGCUAAGAUUGAUGACUAUAUAUUAGAGAAGUCCCGAGUAGUAUAUCGGAAUAAAGGCGAGAAGAACUUCCAUGUUUUCUACUCUCUUUUUGCUGGUAUGUCAAGGGAUCGACUCUUAUACUACUUCCUGGAGGAUCCCGAUUGUCAUAGAAUCAUGCGGGAUGGUGACCCAACAUGUGGGGUAUUUCGAGAUUCGGAUGAGUUUCAGAACUACAAAAUCAUGUUUGGAGAACUAACAGUCAUAAUGUCCCACAUAGGGUUUUCAGAUGAGCACAUUUCGGUAAUUUUCCUCGUUCUGGCCUCCGUACUACACUUGGCGAACAUAGUGUUUAUGCCGUGUGAAGAAACUGAUGGUGUGACCGUAGCGGACGAAUACCCUCUUCACGCAGUCGCCAAACUUUUGGGUAUAGAAGAUGAAGUGGAACUCACAGAGGCUCUCAUCUCAAAUGUCAAUUACAUCAAAGGGGAACGAAUUCAGUCCUGGAAAAAUCUUCGGGAAGCAAACGACAGCCGUGAUGCUCUGGUUAAAGACUUGUACUCUAGGUUGUUUGGCUGGAUUGUUGGCCAGGUGAACAGAAAAUUGUGGAUACAGCGGGAUGGCAAGACAUCAAAUUUCACAAGAGGGCUUACCGUCAGUCUUCUGGACAUGUCUGGGUUUGAGAAUUUCACCAACAACACGUUUGAUCAGUUUCUCAUCAACAUCUCCAACGAAAAGUUACAGCAGUACUUCAUGGACUACAUUUUCCCGCGGGAACGCCGUGACUACGAAAUCGAGGGUAUCGAGUGGAGAGACAUUGUAUACCACUCAAAUGAUGACGUUCUCGAUCUUGUAUUUAGGAGACCAGACGGUGUUCUUGCUUUACUGGAUGAAGAAUCUAUUUUUCCGAAAUCAACUGAUGUCUCUCUCGUACAGAAACUAAAUCAGUACUGUAGGGAUACGCAUAGAUAUGUUAAGUCCUUGGGAGAGCGGACAAGCUUCGGGAUCCGCCACUACUCCGAACAGGUGAUGUACGACGCCGAGGGAUUCCUAGAGAGAAACAGAGACACACUUAGUAUCGAUCUUGUCACCUGUCUCCUCAACAGCAAUAAUGAUUUCAUCAAAGAUUUGUUCACAGCAUCUAUGUCCCCAACUGGUACCAUAUCCGACUUUGCCAGUAAAUGUACAUCACGGCCAUGUCUACCUAGCGUAUGGCCUUCAGCUAUAGAACCCGAAAGACUGCGAGAAAGUGUUUCUCGGCAGGCGUCGUUAAAGAUCAAACGGAGUCGGGGAUUAUCCGGAGAUAGUGUUUCAAGUUCCUUGGCAGGAAAGUCUUCUCCUACAGUCACUCGUCACUUUAAGAGAUCGCUCUCAGAUCUUAUGACAAAACUGUCUCAAGCGCAACCUCUAUUUGUAAGGUGUCUCAAACCAAACAAUACAUUAACCUCGGGCAAGUUCGACGUUGAAUUAAUCCGCAGACAAUUGCUUUGCAAUGGGCUCAUGGAAAUCGCAGAGUUAAGGAGAGACGGAUAUCCAUUCCGGAUAAGAUAUGAAGAUUUCCUUCGGAAAUACUGUGAUAUAUGUGAUUACGCAAAUGGUGUCUCAAAUGAACGUGACUCCUGCAUAGAGAUACUCCGAACGGCAAACAUAGAGGGAUUCCAAAUGGGAAGGUCAAAGAUUUUCCUGAAAAAUUGGCAAAAAGAUAACUUGGAAGUCCUUCUUCGUGACAAGCUGAGAGAAAAGGAAAUUAGACAACAGGAGCUGAGACGUCGGCAAUCGGAGGCGUCGCUGCUGUCCAUGUUGUCAGAGGACAAUUUACAUAGUACACCCCGACGAUCGGCUGACAGUGGUUUAGAUAUGACAGGAAGUCCUAGGGACGGGUCAAGGCCUUUACGUGACUUGUAUGCAAAAAAGAACGGCCUCAACAAAGCAUCGCGGGCACCAUACUCAGAGAGUCCAAAUCUCCUCAUUGAUGGGAUAGACAUAGACGAUAGCGUCAGUGUUCCACCGAAAAAGGACAGUCGAGUUCAGUCUGAGGACAGCCGAAGUACGGACAACACAACAACCGUGGAAAGGGACAAGGACCAAACAGAACACUGGCGACCAUACGACAUAUUUCAGGUAUCUGAGCGCGAGUUUGAAGAAAGUGAUUACAUAUUUAAAGAAAUCCUGAAAGGCAUACGGCUUUUCUUAUACGUGUUCUUCGUCAUCGCCAUUCUAAGUUGUGCCGUGGCUAGUAAAAUAUCACUGCUCCUCCUCACAUCAGGAAUUAGUAAGGACGCCGAGUCACGAGGGGAGCAUCUCUUUAUGGUUCUAAUUUGCAUGUGUUUACCUAUUGGCUGGAGUUGGUUCAUGGCCUUCAUGAAAAUCCUCUUUGGUGGCAAAGAGUGGCCAUCAAUAAAAACAUUCGUUCUACUUCUACUGAUGGAGAGUAUGCAGACAUUUGGUCUGUGUCUUUUGCUAUUCCGCGUGCUGCCUUCGACCGACUUUUUCAGUGGUUUAAUAAAGACGUUUGCAGUUUGUCAAAUUCCCAGUCUUCUUAAAGUCGUUGUACACGAAAAGAGGCCUAAUCCCAGUGUUAGUGAGAUUGUUACCAUCAUCAUGAAUAUUGCCGCAUUUCUUGUUCAAGUGGCUUCUAUUCCAUUCUUUUCUACUGGAGAAUUCUCGUUGGAAGGAAAUCACACACUUCUUGAAGGGUACAACGCUACUACCUAUGUCACGACACCGGUUGAAAAAGCAACCAAUGGUGAAUGGGAACUUCCGGUUGCACUAGUAUUAAUAUCUAUCGGCUGGUGGGAGAACUAUGUAUCGGGAGAGUGGACUGUGUUUGGCAGAAUCACAAUACCAUUCAGACAAUGGCGCUCAAUAUUACAGGAUACCAGAGAAACCUCAUAUUUCCUUGUGGCACCGUUCAAGGUCGGUCUAGCUGUUCUGUUCGCUCGUCUCCUCACCAAUAAUACAAAUUUCGUUGUACCAGCUUCUAGUGUUUUUAAUGAAACAACGAGUGAGUUUGACUCUAAAAUCGAAGAGGUCGGUGUAUCAUACAGCUUGGUUUUCAUUCAAAUUGGGUCUGGAAUAAUAUGUACAUACCUAGCCGGACUCGCGUGUAAACUACACAUGCAGAGAACAGCCUUUGCCCUUCCGCUGAUUAUUGCUCCUCCAGUGUCAUUAGCCGUCAUUUUCCUGCAGUGCCAGUAUCAUUUUCUCCCAGCCCAUUGGCAUUUGGGUGGCUGGUUUUGUGGGAAGUACGAGAUUGAAACUAUGCUGGUGCCACUUAUCUGUUCCUUCGUAUUGUGGCUGUCCUAUUCAAUCACAGUCUCACACAUAUGGUUUCCACAGAGUGAGAGAAUGGCCAAAAUAGAAAAACUUUUUGUUACUCCACAUAUUGAUGCUCUCUUCCCGGACUUUACUCUGACACUCCGAAGAAGGCGUAACGAUAAAGAAAUCAAACUUACAGGAUUUGACACGUUCCGGUAUGUAGGCGAAGACUUAUACAAUGCAGGGGAGGACAUAUACGCGGGAAUCAAUGUUACACCUCAGGUUUAUGUGUGCGCAACAAUGUGGCACGAGACUCGACAGGAAAUGACUCAGUUACUCAAAUCACUUUUCAGGUUGGAUUAUGUGCAUUGUGCCAGUCGCUUAGCACAAGAGAAGUUUCGUAUUCGUGAUCCAGACUACUUUGACCUUGAAAUGCAUGUUAUUUUCGAUGAUGCUUUUGAACUGGACGAGACCGUUGAUAAAUUUGUUCCGAACAUGUUUGUGAGACAACUGGUGGAUUGUAUGGAAGACGCUGCAAGGUCAGUUAUUAAAGGACCGGUGAUAAUGGGGUCACCAGAAAAAAUACCGACAUCGUAUGGAGGUCGUCUGGUCUGGACAAUGCCUGGUCACACCAAACUCGUGGUCCACAUGAAAAACAAGAACAAAAUGCGACACAGGAAAAGAUGGUCUCAGGUGAUGUACCUCUAUUACUUACUCGGAUUCAAACUACUAGGAGGAAAGGAGGCUGACAGGUUUAUGACAGAGGAGAGUGAAAGCAGUAUGUCUAAGUUGAGGAACAGAAAAAAGGGAAAGAAAAACCGAUCUAGACCCCUCAAAACCCUCUUCACUCGCAUGGACCCGGAACAAUAUGAACAGGCUGAGAGCACCUAUAUACUAACCCUGGACGGCGACGUAGAUUUCCGACCCGACUCGGUCAAGUUGUUAAUAGAUCGAAUGAAGAAGAACCGCAAAGUAGGAGCUGUGUGUGGACGUAUCCAUCCUAUCGGCUCAGGUCCUAUGGUUUGGUACCAGCAGUUUGAAUACGCAGUUGGUCAUUGGCUGCAGAAAGCUGCGGAACACGUCUUCGGUUGUGUGCUUUGCUGUCCUGGUUGUUUCAGUCUGUUCCGAGGGUCUGCCAUCAUGGACGAUAACGUUCUAAAGAUGUAUACUACCAAACCGACAGAGGCCCGACAUUAUAUCCAGUUCGAACAAGGUGAGGACCGAUGGCUAUGCACACUCAUGCUGCAACAAGGACAUCGAAUUGAUUACUGCGCAGGUGCCGAUGCAUUGACCUUCGCACCGGAAACUUUUAACGAGUUUUUCUCUCAGCGCCGUCGAUGGUCACCUUCCACUUUGGCAAAUAUGAUGGACCUACUGGCAUCCUGGCGGGACACUGUCCGGAUUAACGAUAACAUCAGCCGUUUGUAUAUACUUUACCAAUUCGUCCUCAUGGCAUCAACAAUACUUGCGCCCUCUACUGUCAUCUUGAUGAUUACAGGGUCCUAUCAUUCUGUACUGAAGCUCGGAAUCUGGGAGUCUUAUCUCCUGUCGCUGCUUCCAGUUAUAGUCUACCUCGGAAUUUGCCUGAAACUCAAGAAUGAUAUCCAGAUCUUCGCUGCUGCUGUCAUCACUGCACUCUACUCACUCAUAAUGAUGGUGGCUACAGUGGGAACAAUCGUUAGCAUUGUCACAGAGAACUUUGGCAGUCCGAACGUAGUGUUUCUUACUGGUUUGGCGUCUAUCUUUAUGAUAGCAGGAAUACUCCAUCCACAGGAGUUCUUUUGCUUAGUAUACGGUGCCCUUUAUUUCAUCACGGUCCCCUCAACAUUCAUCCUUCUUACGGUCUACUACCUUUGCAAUGUCAAUAACGUUUCGUGGGGAACUCGAGAAACACCGAAGAAGUUAUCUAAGGAGGAACAAGAAGAACUGCAAAGGAUACAGGAAGAAAAGCGUAAGAAAAAGGACAGCAAAAGUUUCUUCAACAGACUUGGUCUUGCACCUCUCAUUAUUGAUCUAACUAGUGCGCUUAAAAGACUAUUUGGCCAUCAAGGAGAGGUACAGACGAGUUCGGUAUCUGUACAAACAGAAACUACGGACAUUCAGCGUUCGAUAUCGAACCAAACCCGACAACCUGAGAACGUCAAAUUACAACCACCUCCUAUCGAGGAUAUGACAGGGUGGGAAGCCGAUCCUGAAAAUCCUUACUGGCUCGGGCUUGAGUAUUUAGGCGACGGUAUCGUUAAGCACAUAUCUGAAGAGGAAACUGCUUUCUGGAAGUUCAUGAUUAAAAAAUACUUACAUCCACUCGAUGAAGAUCAGUCGCACAAAAAGAAAAUUAAAGAAGAUUUAAUCUCUCUAAAGAAUAACGUAGUUUUCAUAUACUUUAUGAUCAAUUUCUUAUGGACAAUUAUUACAUUACAACUUCAGUCAAUGGAGGAUGAGCUGAAAAAUUUCUACAUCAUCAGCAAAUACGAGCCUCUAUCUCUUACAUUCCUCUCAAUCUUCGCCAUCGCAAUUUCCCUCCAGUUCGUUAGCAUGUUCAUCCACAGGUAUGGAACCUUCCUUCAUCUCAUGUCUAGUACACGGAUUGACUGGUUCCAGAAAGUGCAGACAGAGGAAGAUUUUGUGCGUUUCGUAGUCAGUGAAGCGCAAAGGCUUCAGAGAAUGGAACCUGCGCCGGAUUACGACGAACUGCCACCAGAUUAUGAGGGUGAUGAUGACGGGAUGUCUCAAGGGUCUGAACAAUAUGACGAAUUACCCUCUCUUCCCCAAAGUCCUCGAGGUACCGUCAGGACAUUUGGGCGCAAGACUCGUCAUCUUCAGAAACGAAAUUUUGAUAAUAAUGACGUUCCAAUUCUUCAACAAAUUUUCGAAGAUAGGCUAGAAAAUAUUCACAGAAAAUGGAAAAAAGGAACAUUGGCUUUCCGAGGAGGAAUGAACCUUGGUUUAUCUCGGCACGAUAGCAGCAGAUUUUCGGAUAGGGAAAACAUGAUGAGACAGAAGAUGUUUAAGAGAAGCUUCAAAAAAGAUAGUAAAGAAGCAAUGCCAGUAAUGCCAGUAAAAAUUGAUAUAAACUGA